AUGGAAUUUAAAAACAUUAAGUUCUUCACGGCAGCGCCACCGUCGGCAUGGCGGCGACAGGUGGCUCCACCAUUGAUAUCUCCCAAGCAAGAGCUUCAUGACAUGGCUGAGAAAUUACCCGCUCCAUCCAUUAUCAAAGUCACACUACCCACCCCAAAACCGAGACCGUCAGUACCACCACAGCUUCCACUGCGUGGAAAUGAUGCGGACCGGCUUACGAAGGUAGACGGAGGAGGGCGGAGGAUAAGAAUACCGGCAACAUGUGCCGCCAGAGUCUUCCAGCUUACUCGUGAACUCGGUCACAAAACCGACGGCGAAACUAUUCAGUGGCUCUUAGAACGUGCUGAACCGUCCAUCCUCUCUGCCACUGGCACUGGCGUUACCGCCGUUUCAAUUAACGGCACCACCAAAAUCCCCACCACUGAUAAUAAUGACACUUUAACGGGCAAACGCAAACGUUGUGAUUGUGUUAACGUUAAAUUAAACGACGUUAAACAAAGAAAUAAUCAUCCAAUUACAACAAUUAGGGAAAAUGAUGCAAACUUACCUAACAAAAUGGCAACAAUUUUAGCUCCGGUGAUGUCAAUAGUACCACCUCAGGCAAUAAUGCCAGUGGGAUCAAUGUUUCCUGUUCCGGCGAGAAUAAACUCGAGUAUGGCAGCACCGUCAACAGUUUGGUUAAUUCAGCAAACACCAUUGAUACCAUCAACAAGGCAAAGUGCAGCUCAGGUGAAUUGUGUUAGUGUUAGGCCAGCAGCUACUUUCUUCGGUGUUCCAAAUGCGUCACUCAUUCCUGCUUCUGCUACCGACGUCUGCUCCUCCCACUCUUCCGGUCAUUGUUGA